AUGUGUGGGAUUUUCCUUGUGUAUAAUCCCUUAGUGGGUUUUAAAGAUCAUUUUAAAGAGUUUUAUGAAGGCGAUCAAAUCAGUUUAACAGGUAAUGUUCUAAAUGGGUUAGAUCCUUAUAUCUCUGACAGAUUGAUUCCAUUAAUACAGAAUAGGGGUCCCAACUAUCUCUCUUUGAGAUCUAUUGAGUCCCUAAACACUCUCUGGGUUUCCUCCAUCUUAUCCUUAAGACAGCCGUUCACUACACAGAGUGUCGUUACUGCGAAUAAUAGAUUCAUUCUACAGUUCAAUGGAGAAUUAUAUAAUGAUGAAAUUCAAUACAAUGACACACAAUAUAUUGUCUCUUUGUUAUCAGAUGAAAAUAGUACUGUUCCAAACAUUAUACGUCAAUUGAAUGGGGAAUUCUCAUACACCAUCUUUGACACAUUAAAUAAUUGUAUAUAUUUCGGUAGAGAUCCAAUAGGCAAGAGGAGUCUUUCCUACCAUCUGAAUACUGAAAAUAACCAAUUAUCUGUGGCAAGUGUCACUGGGCAGUGUACCCAGGAUUACAUAAAUUGUAAAGCAGGUGUUAUCUAUCGAUAUGAUACUAUUCGUCAUACACUUGAUUCAAGUUUGUCUAUCCAGCCGCCUUAUAAAGUCACAAAUGUGAUUGACAUGGAACGAACUACGUUAAAUGAUACCGUUGACCAAUUAUACUUUGAAUUGGCACGAGCAGUACAAAGAAGAAUAGAUUCUAUUCAUCCAAGACAUGUAGAAAAUUCUCCAAUUGCAGUCCUUUUCUCCGGUGGUUUAGAUUGCUCUAUCCUGGUGGCUUUGAUAUGUCAACAUUUACUUGCAAAGGGUUCAAAGGAUACAGUUUUGGAAUUAUUAAAUGUUGCAUUUGAGAAUCCAAGAACUGGAUUGCAACCAUGUGAUGUUCCAGAUAGGAAAUUGGCGAUACAAAGUCAUCAAGUGCUACAAAAUUUGUUCCCUUCAAUCAAGAUUAAAUUGCUUGAGAUUGAUGUUCCAUACGAUGAAUAUUUGAAAUGUAGACCCCGUGUCAUUGAUCUAAUAUACCCAAAACAAACUGAAAUGGAUUUGUCCAUCGCUAUUGCGUUCUAUUUUGCUUCAAGAGGCGUUGGAUAUAUCACAGAGGACCAAGACCAAAGAAUACCAUACACACGGCAUGGAAUUGUUCUUUUUAGUGGAUUAGGUGCCGAUGAAUUAUAUGGUGGGUAUCAUAAAUUUAAUAAUAGGAGUUUUGAUGAACUGACUGUUGAAUUGGCUAGUCAAAUUAAUAAUAUUCAUGAUAGAAACCUUAACCGUGAUGAUAAAGUGAUCGCUGAUAACGGUGUUGAAGUGAGGUAUCCCUUUUUAGAUAAUGAUGUAGUCAAAUAUUCCACCGAGAUGAUACCAAUCAAUUUUAAGAUGAGCAAACUGAUCUUAAGAGAAUUGGCUGAUAAAAAAUUAAAUUUAGGUUCUAUUGCUAUGGAGCCAAAAAGGGCUAUACAAUUUGGUAGUAAAAGUGCUAAAAUGACUAAAAAUGGGAACAAAAAUGGUACGGAUAUAUUGAAACCAUAG